AUUGCGACACAACAAACUGAAGCAGUUUGAACUGAAUGUGUUCAUUUUUUUCAUGUUUUACUUGUGUACUAAACUGCCUGGCUACUCAACUUGUGAAGCUGAAGAUAUAUACCUGCGUUUAAAUUGCCUAAAAUAAGAUGUCGGCUUCGUGUGAAACAUUUCCGAUGUUUUUGCUUGACGGUGCUAUUACUAAGGUUUCAGAAACAGAUUCUGAAGAUGACAGCGAUUCAGAUUCUAACUCGGAUACUGACUACGAAUUCCCAGAACCAACAACGUUUCCAAUCUCGGCCACAAGCUUUCCAGGACCAAGACGUGUAAAGGUGACAGAAUUUCGACCAGUAAUACACCAGGAGGGUUACACCACAACCUACAGAUUUUCAUUUGAGAAGGAAGGAAGACACCAGUGUGAGAUCACAAAUCUGAUUUUUAAUGUGGCGUUGGCUCCAGCUGAAGUUGAGUAUCACACAGAGCAAUGGGAGAAGUGUCCCCUUCACAGCAGCUUCCUGCUUCCUGCUGGUCCACUGUUUGAUAUAAAAUGCCUGAACGGAGUUUUGAAGCACCUUUCCUUCCCACACUCAGAAUACUCUCCUGAACUUGCCUACAGUCCUUCCACGACCAACCCUGGAAGUACAGAAACACAGCCGCUGCCCAACCCCUUUAGAAGAGCAGAAAUAGAGUUGGUGGUGGCACACAAGAAAAAUGACAAUAUUGAAGUUAUUAAACCCAUCAAAGUGACGAAAACUCACAUCAAAAUAAAGGUCAAAGAAAUGUCUCUCUUUGGUCUGUUGAGAAGAAAGAAAAAAUCUAAAUUCAGAGCGCUGGUUCUUCUGUUUCUCAGCAAACUUGUGACAAGAAAAGCGUUAGAUGUGCACUUGCUCCCCUCAAACGUUGUUCUGGAUGAAGUUAAAAAGAAACAGGAAAAUGGGACUUUCCUUCGAAUGCCGGCUGAAUGUGUUAUAAUGGAGGGUGAAACAUACAACAUUUCAUGUGACCUUGAAGAGGCACGGGUUCAACCGAAAGAACAUGUUUAUUAUAGAGACUACAAUCAGAACUUCCUCCCAACAUUUCAGAUCAUUUUGAACGAUGAUGUGAUUGACCUGGAGCUACAGCUUUUCAAAAGCAGUGACAAAAACACAGCAAUCUGGUCUCGCUGGGUACCCAUUGAUGUCUGCAGAUCAUCACAACCGCCUGAAAUAGAGUUGGUGGUGGCACACAAGAAAAAUGACAAUAUUGAAGUUAUUAAACCCAUCAAAGUGACGAAAACUCACAUCAAAAUAAAGGUCAAAGAAAUGUCUCUCUUUGGUCUGUUGAGAAGAAAGAAAAAAUCUAAAUUCAGAGCGCUGGUUCUUCUGUUUCUCAGCAAACUUGUGACAAGAAAAACGUUAGAUGUGCACUUGCUCCCCUCAAACGUUGUUCUGGAUGAAGUUAAAAAGAAACAGGAAAAUGGGACUUUCCUUCGAAUGCCUGCUGAAUGUGUUAUAAUGGAGGGUGAAACAUACAACAUUUCAUGUGACCUUGAAGAGGCACGGGUUCAACCGAAAGAACAUGUUUAUUAUAGAGACUACAAUCAGAACUUCCUCCCAACAUUUCAGAUCAUUUUGAACGAUGAUGUGAUUGACCUGGAGCUACAGCUUUUCAAAAGCAGUGACAAAAACACAGCAAUCUGGUCUCGCUGGGUACCCAUUGAUGUCUGCAGAUCGUCACAACCGCCUGUUCAGAGGCUGAUGGCGAUGAGGAAGGACUUCAUUGAGGGGGUGAACGUCUCUGUCAUCGGAAGCCUGCUGGAUGACUUGCUGCAGAUCAGAGUGUUGAACGAUAGCGAGGUGGAGGCAGUGAAGCAGGGGGAGACCUGCACCAGUGCCAAGGCUCGCAACCUGAUCGACAUGGUGAGGAAGAAGGGGAGUGAAGCAAGCAUGGCACUGCUUUCCAAACUGGAGAAGAGGGACCCCAUGUUCUAUAAAUCACUUGAAACUGUUUAGUGCAAAUUGUUCAAUAUAUAGAAUUGACGAACACAAAACACAAACAAUGAAGGUCCGGCUGGGCAGUAGCCUUCAAGGAUCCUUUUCUCUGUUUUUAAUUUUAAAUUUCUCCGCUCUCGUUCCGCCUCCGAACACCCACCCGGAGUGCAGAGAGCUGCAGGUAUUUAUGCAGGUGACCAUCUCCCGAUUUAGUAACAAAUUAAUCACUUAAUUAAUUCGGGAGAUGGCCACCUUCUACAUGAGGUUUUUAAUUGUGGAUGGGACUUCCCAUCCACGCUACGAAACACAAAAACAAAACAAAACCACACGGCUCUCCCGUCAUUUACACAAACAUCAAUACAAAAACAAAACAAAACACACAGCGGUUCACCAUCAUAUUUAAAUACAUGAAUACAAUAAAUAAAUCAUAAGAAACAAACACAAAAUAAACUGCACAGGGGCGGAGGGGGAAACCCUGUUCUAAAAAUAAAGAAACAACACAUUUAAGCAGGGCUUUCAUACCACCCUGCUACACACAGCUUAAUAUCAUCUCCAUAGAAAAGAAUAAUACUCAAGGAAGUUCAGCUUCAUUCAACCUCCAGCUUUGCAAAUUGCAUCAGUUUGAUUUAUUUUUUAACUACAGGGGUGAUGAAGAAUAUUUGUUCUCAGGGGGGUGGGGGGCAGCAAUGAAAGUAUACUAAUUUCUAACUUUUUUAAAUGAACGGAUUCAAGUAAAUAAAUAUUUUACUACUAAGAUACAAACAUUUUAUAUUCUCAAAUACAAUACUGGCUAUAAUAUUUAAAAGUUAAUAUUCAAAAUAAGUAGGCUACUUUUAUGCAUAGAUUAGGGAAAGGGUACAAAAAUAAUAUCCAAGUGUUUGGAUAUCCCAGUGAGAACAGUUGGAUCAAUAAUCAGGAAGUGGAAGCUGCAUCACACCACCCAGGCACUGCCAAGAAAAGACUGUCCCUCAAAACUCAGCACUCAAACAAGGAGACUUUUGAGAGAAGCCACAGAGAGGCCAACAAUCAUUUUGAAGGAGCUACAGAGUUCAGUGGCUGGGAGUGGAGUAAUGGUGCACCAGUCAACCAUAUCAAGAGCUCUGCAUAACACUGGCCUGAAUGGGAGGGUGACAAGAAAGAAGCUGUUACUCAAAAAGUACCAUCUGAAAGCACGUCUGGAGUUUGCCAGAAAGCAUGAGAGUGACCCAGCUGCGAUGUGGGAAAAGGUUUUGUGGUCAGAUGAGACCAAGAUAGAGCUUUUUGGCCAAAACUCAAAGUGCUAUGUGUGGCGCAAACCUAACACUGCCCAUGCCUCAAGACACACCAUCCCUACAGUGAAGUAUGGUGGUGGCAGCAUCAUGCUGUGGGGAUGCUUCUCAUCGGCAUCUUGUUAAAAUUGAAGGAAGAAUGGAUGGAGCAAAAUACAGGGAAAUACUGCAAGAGAACCUGCUUCAGUCCGCUAAAAAACUGAAGCUUGGGAGGAAAUUCACCUUUCAGCAGGACAAUGAUCCCAAGCACAAGCACAAAGCAACAUUGGAGUGGCUCAAGAACAAAAAGGUGAAUGUCCUACAGUGGCCCAGUCAAAGUCCUGAUCUCAAUACCACUGAGAAUCUGUGGCACUAUUUGAAAAUUGCAGUCCACAAGCGUCGUCCAACCAACCUGAACAACCUGGAGCAAAUCUGCCAUGAAGAAUGGGCCAAAAUCACUCCGACACUGUGUGCAAAGCUGGUACAUACUUACCCCAAAAGACUUAAAGCUGUUAUUGCAGCGAAAGGUGGCUCUACCAAAUAUUAAUGUGUGGGGGUUAGAAUACUUAUGCAAGCAAGAUAUUUCAGUUUUUUUUAUUUUUCUUAAAAAUAUUUCCCAACAUAAAACCAAUGUCACCUUACAAUAAUUGAUUGAGUUUCAGUGUUUUAAAAUAAAAUAUCAAACAUAACGAAAUUUCAAUGUACCAUUUGUAAUUCAGUAAUAUGAGAGAAUUGGUCACGGGUCUGAAUACUUUUGCAAAGCACUGUUUAUGUGUGUGUGUAUAUAUAUAUAUAUAUAUAUAUAUAAUUUGUUCUGACAUUUAGGGGUUUUUCUGAGAAGGAAGGAAGACACCAGUGUGAGAUCACAAAUCUGAUUUUUAAUGUGGCGUUGGCUCCAGCUGAAGUUGAGUAUCACACGGAGCAAUGGGAGAAGUGCCCCCUUCACAGCAGCUCCCUGCUUCCCGCUGGUCCACUGUUUGAUAUAAAAUGCCUGAACGGAGUUUUGAAGCACCUUUCCUUCCCACACUCAGAAUACUCU